GGGAGAAACGAAAAAAUUUAACCUUAUACGGAAUAUUCCGAUUUCCUUCUUAAUAAAAAGAAAACGAGAAAGCGGAUUCGGCCAUAAUGAAUAGCUUAACACUCCUUGAACCAGAUCUAGAUUCCAUCGAUAACUCAUUUGCAAGGCAGAAUGAGGAAAUCAAAAUUGAAGCUGAGUUGCCUGCUUCAACCUCCAAUGUUGAACUAGCAGAGAUUUCUGAAGAGGAAACCUCCUUUGAGGAGCAAACCGACUCCGAAGAUCUCAAACAAUGGGUGAAGAGCCUGAUUCCCAAGGAUGCCAUUGCGGUGGUCAACGAAAUCAAGGAAAUGUUUGUCAGCAACAAGACCAUAAAACGCAGUCAUGAUGGCAAGAUCACGGCCCUGAUGACUAUCAACUCAAAGAAGUUUGAAGGCGAUGGAUUGUCGAAAUAUGCGGCACAGUCAGCUGCCUGCGAGAAGGCUUUGCGCGAUUUCUUCUGCGGAAAGCUAAACACUCAAACAUGUCAGGAAGAAAUACCAGUACUUAAACUGGCCUCAUUUGCAAUUCAUAAGCUGUACGAGGAGUGGCAGAUCGAUUAUAAGGCCAAAAUGCAAACUCUCAUAGCGAUGCCAAGGAAGCCGUUAGUACGCUCGCAAUUGCCCGACGACUGGAAGAAAAUUCAUCCCACUUCGGUUCUGAAAUAUAUGCGCCCGUUCACCAUCUUCCAUUAUUUAGGAUACACUGGAGUAUUUCCAAACCUACUUUUCAAUAUGGGUACCAAAGUGGAUAACCAGGAAUUUGAGGCUAAUGGAAGCUCUAAGAAGAAGGCACGCCGCAAUUUGGCCGUGCUGGUGUGCAACACACUAUUUGAAACCGACUUCAUUGUAAUCCGUUGAAUGGAAAAUAAA